GAGUUGAUUAGCUUGGAAUAUUUGGGAUUGAGAAACAAUUUCAUAAAACAGCUUCCACAGUCGUUGGCGAAGUUGGAAAGGCUUGAGGUUUUCGAUAUAGCACUAAACUUCGAGGUGGAGGUGCCGCGACAUAUAUGGAAAAUCCGAAGCCUUCGUCACCUUUACAUGUCUGACAUAAUAUGUAUGGAGCCUUUGCAGAUAGAUGAUCUAAAGAAUCUGCAGACCCUCACCUACAUAUCGGCUGAUAAUUUGACAUAUGAGCUCUUACGAUUUCAAAAGAUGGAUAAUCUCCGUAAAUUGGGCAUACAAGAAGUAGAUAGAAUCACAGAUGUCAGCAAGAUCUUGGCUUCGCUGGCUAUGGUGAAGAAUCUUGAUUGCCUCAUCUUAAAGGGGUCUCGUUUCAGAAGAAUGUCUUCACUGGACGAGCUUUGUAGUCUAAACCGUCUCACUCAACUCAAACUGGAUGGUCUCCUCACCAAGUUGCCGAGUGCCACUGAUUUCCCUCCAGAUAUUCGUUACAUGAGCUUGGUUAAUACCUCUCUUGAUGAAGACCCCAUGCCGGUGCUCGAGAAGCUAUCCAAGCUACAAAUCCUCAACCUGAGGAAUGCUUUCAUGGGUGAAGAAAUGAUGGUCUCACAUUUGGGGUUUGCAGAGCUCGAAGGUCUAUGCAUGGGGGAGUUGUGGCGUCUGAGAAACUUACAAGUUGGAGAAGGUGCAAUGCCGAAGCUGAAGCGAUUGGAAAUCAACAAUUGCCCGUAUCUGGAGACCCUCCCAAAAGAGAUGGCUAAUCUCAAGGAGUUGAAGAUGGUGACAACCAAAGGCAUUGCAAGAAAGAUAUUGGAGGCUCAAUCUCCAAAAGAGGGCAUGUUGAUAUCCAGCCUUAAGAGGUGGUGGUGAGAACAAGGUCAAAGUAUAGUAGAAAAUGGAGAAGUUAAGGGCCUUCGAAAUAACCUUCACCAAACACCAGCAAUGAAGGUAGACGAUAUUGAAUGAACAUUAUCAUGUAACUAGAGUAAAAUGUUUUGUUGAAGAAUAUGACUCGGAAACUGUCUUCACAUUUUUUUGCUUCUGUGCUCUCUCUCUUUUCUUCUACACAGGUACUCUUUUUCCUGCUUAUGUUUUUCCCUUUGGGUUUUCAUUAAGCACGUUUUAAUGAGGCGUGGCCCUCUGAUUGGGUUCUGUCUUCGCAAGGGUUAUAAUUAGGUUGUCUGUUCUUCCUUUCUCUCGCCUGUUUUUUUUUUCUUUUCAUUUUUUCGGUUUCAAUAAAAAUUUAUUUUAAUGACGAUGAUGAUGAUGAAUAAAGUUGUUUUGUUGUGUUUUGAAUCAAA